AUGUAUAUCAAUAAAUUUUUAUUUUUAUUAAAAUUCAUCGAUAAAGAGCAAAAAGAACUUCAAUAUCCUAAAGAAUUGAGUAACCAUCGUAAGCAUAUGGGCUAUGUCGAUAUAAACAACAAAGACAUAUCAAACAACGCAAUCGAAAAUCGUGAUAUUCAUUUUGAAUGCUUAUUAAAUGAUGUAUUUCUUUAA